AUGGAAGCAACAAUUAUAAUUCCAGAAACUAUGUCUAGCGUAUCUUGCGUUGACGCAAGUUACAGAUUAAUUGAUGAAAUAAAACAUAUCACUAUAAACCUUAGAAAUAAAAAAAUUUUUGACCCAAUUAUUCACCCUUCAUCAGAGACUGUUCGAACCUUGCAUUAUGCAAAGAAUGAAGUUGAAUCAUAUUCUCAACAAUAUGAGGAUGCCUUUAAUAAAUAUAAGGUUUCGUUAGAAAAUGUAAAAGAAUUCGCGAAAGAAAUAGGGGAUAUCGAAAAGAGUCACUAUUUCUUUUAUCCGUAUAGGCACGUGAAAGAAAAAUAUGAAAAAUUGUUAAAGGAACAUGAAAACUGCGAAAAAAUAUUACAUCCAAUUCUAAUUAAAAUCAUAAUGAACAAACAAGAACGUCAACAGGAAGAUAUUAUGAAUUUUCAUAAGGUUUUAAAAACCAUUCCGGGUGAUAUUAAAAGUGAGAAGAUUAUCCAAAUAGAAAAGAUAGUUCAAAAUUUAAUCGAAAGAUCAGUUUUAGAUAUCAAUGUCCCACGUAUUGAUUCUAUAUUAUUAUUUGAUCCUCCUCAUGCUGACGAUUCGAAAAUAAAUCAUGAAAAUGAACCUGAUGGGAAGCCAGAAUGCGAUCUAGAUGAUUAUAAUGAAAAUCAUAUCUCGAAUCAUAUAAUGAGUAUUAUUAAUUGGUCAGCACCUGAAAUUAUGCAAAAUAAUGCCUUAUACACUCAAGAAUGUGAGGUUUUUAGCUUCAUAAUGCUUUUAUGGGAAUUGGCUUUCCAAAAGAUUCCCUAUGAAAACAUGAAUAAAGAAGAUAUUAUUGCUCAUGUUACACGGGGUCGUAGAGAAUCUCCAAAACUACCCUUUUUUACACUGGACUAUCUUAACAUUCAAAGAAAAUACCUAAGAAUCAUUGCAGAUGGAUGGGACGGUAAGCCAGAAAAAAGAAUUGGGUUGGAUGAAAUUCUACUGCGAUUUUCAGAAAUUGAAGCUGAGAUUAUUAAACUUAAGAGAAAUAAUUUGGGUUCUGAUGGACGCUCUAUAAAAACUAUUUCAAAUCCACCCACACCCAAGUUUAUCUCCGAUUACAAGCGGCAUUCAAUUCAUGUAAGACCAAAGGAAAGUUUAGCAUCGAAUUUGGAAAGUGUGAAUGAAGUAUAUACUCCAUAUACUAUGAAAACACAAGAUUCGUUCAUGAUCAGUCCAAAGACAUGGAAAAGACCAAGUAAUAUUGAACCAUCCAAUAUAGUUAAUCCGUUGCCACCGAGAUUGUCAAUAAUGUCAAACGUGGUUGAAGCACCAGACGACAUUUCAAAUUCCUCAGAAAAAUAUAAAGAAAUAAUAUCUAAACAAAAAGAAGAUGGUAGCAUUGGAUUGGAUGAUUCAGUAUGUAAUGAAUUAGACGUUCCCAAAAAAGAUAUUCUUAAUACGAUCAAAAAGAACAUUACUAACAAAAAACUUAAAUUACCAGAAUUUUCAUUAAGUUUUGAAACCGCUAUUAACCUCUCAUAUCUUAAAAAUGUUACAUCUCAACAUGAAAGUGUAUGGAGAGACAAAUAUAAUAAAGCCCGUGAAUAUCUUUCUAAACAAAUUGGGGAUACGGAUGCUGAAAAGGAAUUAUUAGAGUGUGUUGAUAAAUAUAUAGUCGAUAAAGCAACGGAUAAAGUGACUGAAAAACAUAAAGAAGAUAUAGUUACUACCAAAAAAGACGGAUCAUCAUUGUUCACGAAACUUAUUGGUCUUGGAACAGACAAAAACCACAAACAGGAUAAAGAACCAGAAAAGAAAAAUGAGUUUGAGAAAAAGAAAGAACCUGGAAAAAUAAAAGGCUUCUUUGGCAAGCUCGAGAAAGAAGAGGAACCUGAAGCGAAAGCAAGAAACUCUCCCACCAUCAGUAAAGACGAUCGUCAAGCAAAUAUUCUUACUGCAAUGGACAACGAGAAAGCUAUUCGUAAUAAUAAUCAAGAAAAUAUUUAUGCUCCAAAACUUGAUUCUACUGAAGAAGCACUUUAUGAAGACUUACGUUCCUCCGUUGAUGUAGACGUUGCUCGUAUAAUUUGCAAUACUCAGCGAGAAGACGGCUCCUUUACCCUAGAUUCUUCAAUAACCGACCAUCUCGAUAUAAAACUAGAGGAAGUUAUUAAAUCCCUUAAGCGGCUCGCUAUUAGUCCUAGACUUAGGGAAUGUGAUGACUCUGUUUGGCACACGGCUUUCACGAUCUAUUAUCUUAAGACUAUAAUAAUAAACUACGAAAAUGAAUGGCGAAAUGCUUAUGAUCGUGCUAGUAAAUGGCUAUUUAAGCAGAUAAAUGACACGAAAUUGGAGAAAGAAUUAUUUUCUGCGUGUAAACAAUACUUAAUUGAACAGGGCUACCGUAGUCUUUAUUCAACUAAAAAAGAUAUAGAAAGAUUCAAGAUCCUCAGACUUAAAGUCGACGACGAAACACGUAAAGCAGUUUUCGAUGAUUUACGUUCUAAUGACACAACAGAUCUGGCUCGUUCACUUUGCUCUUCACAAAUAUACAAUGGUUCAUUUUCUCAAAAUGCUUUAACAAUUUUGCAUCCAUUAAUUCCUUCACCGGCUAACGCUGUUGAAUCUCUUAAACGGUUUGUUAGUAGUACAAAACUCAGGACUUGUGUUGAUUCAAUUUGGUAUACGGCCUUUACAAUUUAUUACUUUAAAAAUGUUCUGAUAGACCAUGAAAAAGAAUGGCGCCAUGCAUAUGAUCGCGCCGGCGCCUGGAUAACUGAGCAAAUUGAUAAUGCAGGAGCAGAAAAGGAACUAUACUCUGCUUGUGAGCAAUAUUUGAUCCAACAAGGUGUUGAUUUUAUUAACAGUCAAAGUGGGAUCGAAGAAGAGUCUGAAGAAUCGUUCGAUGUUAUAGUGCUUCAGAUUAGCGAAGAAACGCGUAAAACUGUUCGUAAAAGUCUUCGCGAUUAUGUUACAGAGGAAGUCGCUCGAACACUUUGUAACUCUCAAGAACCCAACGGUUCGUUCACCCUACAUAAAUCAAUUUCUGACCAUCUUAGAAUUCCUUCAGUCGAUAAUGCCGUUAAGUCACUCAAGCCUUAUGUAGGAAGCUCGUUCUUGAGAAGCUGUGAUCCGUCUUUAUGGUGUACAGCUCUUACAAUCACAUAUUUAAGAACUGUAUUGGAUAAUUACGAGCAAGUAUGGAAACCUGCCUGUGAACGUGCAACAUCGUGGAUUAAUCAACAAUGUAAAAACCCUGAAAUGGAAGAAGAAUUGUAUUCUGCAUGUGAUCAAUUCUUAAUCAAACAGGGAAUCGAAGUCCUUAAUGAACAAAGUAGACAAUCACGAAGACAAUCAAUGAUUAAAGGAGAGAUGCUAAAUUAG